AUGGCUGCCGCCACAGCCAUGCUGGACAAGAAAUAUGAACCACUUGGAGGACAAGGCCAAAAAGAUCACAACAGUUAUGUGCUAGGAAGGAUUCAAAAUCACAACAUCGCCAUUGCUUGUCUGCCUGCUGGGUCUGAUGGCCUCGCCGCUGCAGCCACUGUGGCCAGAGACAUGACGAGGUCAUUUCCUGCCAUGCGCUUUGGGCUGCUGGCUGGCAUUGGUGGAGGCAUCCCGGACCUGAAGAAUGGCACCGACAUCCGCCUGGGAGACAUAGUCGUCAGUAUGCCUACGGAUAUCAGUGGUGGUGUAAUUCACUACGCCAAAGGCAAGAUCAUGGGCACAGGUGACAGUGACAGUACAUUUAUACGCAAAGGCUUUCUCAAUGCUCCACCACCGGUGUUACGCAACGCCGUUUCCUCCCUCCAAUCUGAUCAUGAGGGGGAGGUCCGUCGGAUACCUUUGUAUCUCGCUGAAAUGCUCGAACGUCAUCCAAAAAUGGCAGAAAACGGCUACAAAUAUCCUGGUCCGCAGAAGAAUCUAUUGUACUGCACUCAUUGUUUGGAUGAGAAGUCGUGUGGAGGAUGUUGCCAGACGCUAGUCAAUCGCCCUGUGCGCGAUAAUAACGACCCACGGAUUCACUAUGGAAUCAUAGCAUCAGGAGACCUCGUUGUGAAGAAUGCUGCUAUGAGGGAUACUCUGCGUGAACUUUUGGGAGCGAAAUGCGUCGAAAUGGAGGCUGCCGGUUUGAUGAACGACUGUGUCUUGUAA